AGAAUGUAACUGUAGCAAUCAUCGUAAAUAAAUCAAACAAUGUCUUUAUGUGCCAUCAAAACAAACAAAUUCAAAUAAUCUUACUGACCAGUGGGUCAUAAAUGGCUGGGCAUGACAGCAAUCAAGCAGUUACAUAUAACAUACCUACAUUAUAAAAUCUGCAUACUUACCAUAUGUUCAACAGCAUAUUGUGCCUCACUCACUGAAUCAACUAUAGCAACUUCUUGACCAUGUAGGCUCUGAUUAGAAUGAUCCUGAUUCAAGUCAUGAUUGCUGAGAUCAAUGUCUAAG